UGGAGACCCCGCGCUGCCUGCACCUCUAUCGUCUCGGUUGUCAUGGAUGAUGAAGACGGCAGGUGCCUUCUAGAUGUAAUUUGUGACCCAGAAGCUCUCAAUGACUUUCUUCAUGGAUCUGAGACCCAUGGCCAUGUUCCAGAGGUCCAGCCUGCAGUCCAGCUGUCGGCCAAUGAGCCGGCAGGCUUACCCAGAGUCAGUGUUGACCUGGACUUCCUGGAGGAUGAUGACAUCUUGGGAGGAUCCCCAGGUGGUGAAGGUGGGAGCAAUGGCAUUGGGACAAAUCAUGAGCCAUGUGACAUCCUGCAGCAGAGCUUGGCUGAAGCCAACAUCACAGAGCAAAGCUUACAGGAGGCAGAGGCUGAGCUGGACCUGGGCUCCUUUGGGAUUCCGGGCCUUACGCAGGUGGUACAGACACUGCCUGAUGCCAGCCUCUCUGGGGCUGGAGGCACUGCUGUUGGUGUAGGCAUAGGUGUUGGGGGAGCAGCAGCAAUUUUCCCUGGGUCAGCCCCGAGCAACACUGCUACUCCUCCUAAUGCCACAGCUGACAUGCUCGGGUCAGUGCUUGCUCAACAGGGCCUUCAACUCCAAUCCCAGGUCAUGAACAAGGCCAUUAGCGUUCAGCCAUUUAUGCAGCCUGUGGGCCUGGGAAAUGUGACACUUCAACCCAUUUCAAGUCUUCAAGCUCUUCCUAAUGGGAGCCAGUCUGGACAUUUGGGUAUCGGACAGAUUCAGGUUGUGGGUCAGCCCACAGUCAUGACUAUCAAUCAGUCUGGGCAGCCAAUCCUGGCUAAAGCCAUGGGUGGUUACCAGCUGCAUCAGUCUGGGCCAGAGGUAUCAGGUGCUGGUUCUCAGGCAGGGCUUGGAGGCUCAGGGGGUGGACUUCUGAUCCAAGGUAACAAAGCCACUUUGGGAUCUCCAGCUUUAAACGGACCAGCUGUGUGUGUCAGCAGCACAAACAGCAGCAGUGGCGGUACAAUGACUACUCCUGCUGGGCUUGUGGGCUUUGGCAGCACCACUAUAAGUUCAGGAAUUGGACCCCAGACGCAAACUCCAGGCCAAAUCAUGCAGAACGUGAUCAUCCAGCGCACACCAACACCCAUUCAGCCUAAACCCCCUCAGGGGGGAGCCAUCCAACCGAAACUCUUCAAACAGCAACAACAGCAGCAGCAGCCACAGCCAGCACCCCAACCCCUGCAAAACGAUGCUCACAAGGCUCUAGCGCUGCAGCAAAUUCCAGUUUCUGCUGCUCAGAAUGUAGCCUUCCUGACGGGAAAGCCUGGCUCUAACGUUGUCCUGAGUACUCAAGCCACAACACAAGGCCCUCAGUUUCAACAAACUCUGUUUAAGCAGCAAGCAGCACAACCAUCUGGAAAGCCCCUCAGUGUCCACCUGUUAAACCAACAGGGCAGCAUUGUUAUUCCCUCUCAGACAGUUCUGCAAGGUCAGAACCACCAGUUUCUCCUGCCACAGCUACAAGCAGGUGGACAGAUCCUGACCCAGCACCCUGGGGGGCACAUCAUAACUAGUCAGGGUCCUGGUGGACAGCUCAUUGCAAACCAGAUUUUAACUGCGAACCAGAACAUCAACUUGGGUCAGGUGUUGACUUCACAGGGCCACCCUGGGGCUGCACACAUCCUCUCUGGACCCAUUCAGCUCCAGCCUGGCCAGAUGGGCACACCCACCCUCUUUCAGAUGCCUGUCUCAUUGGCUCAGAGUCAAAGUCAGACACAAACCCACACUGUCUCAGGUCAUGCCCAGACAGUUAUACAAGGCAUGCCAAUCCAGAACUCCCUGACGAUGCUGAGUCAGGUGGAGGGGCUGAGCCCCGCAGUCAGCCUUCAGCCAGCCCUGCAGCCUCAGCCAGGUGGAGUCCCCAGCAGCAGCAGCACAGGAGCAGCAACCAUGGCUCAAGGCCAGCCUGGAGAGUGUGUUACUGUGCUGGGUAGUUCCACGGACCAGGCAGCUCAUCCCACCCAGCAGCAUGCAACGCAGUCCUCUAUCCUCGCCAUGCAGCAGGCUUCCUCUGUGUCCACGGCUACCACAGUACCCUCUUCUUCUCCGUCCAUGUCUGUGUCCUCUUCCUCUUCUGUCACAGCAGUGGGGCUGGUCCCCCAUCAGGCUCAGCACAGUCCAGGCAGGUUACUGUUCACCAACCAGGGCUCCAGUAUGAUCUUAAGCCCAGAAUCUCUGCAGAUGUUCCUCCAACAGGAGCAGCACCACCAAACAGAGAAUGAGUCAACCCCCUCUGUGGGCGUACCUGCGUCUGUAAUCGUCAGCAGCAACAGCAUCACUGCUCCGGCCCCCGCUGUCCAUGACAGCCAAUUAACUGACUCUUGGGUGGGUCAGAGCCACAGCCCUUCCCCUGGCCCCUCCCACAUGACAGCAGUUGUAAAGCAGGUACCCUCCAGUGGACAUCAGCAGUCCCUGAAGAUCCAGGGCAUGUCCCCCUCACCGGCCUUGACCACUCACACCACAGCACCCCCAGUGGCAGACAGCCCACAGCCUUCCCAGUCCCCUCUCACUCUGAGCCAGCAGAUCCAGUCACCACACCAUCAACAGCAGUCACGUCCUCCCUCUCAGCCUCAGCCACAGUCCCAAACGCCCUCUCGCUCAUGCACACCCUCAUCUCACCCGCAGCUCUUUAUUGUCCACAACCAAAUGGCUGAGUCCCCCCAGCCAGCUACACAAGGCCAGCCGCAGCAGACACAGCAGGCACACAUUCAAGUUCAGCUUCAGCCUCAGCCACGGCCGGCCUCUCAGCCUGCCCCUUAUCAACAAGAUAUGCCCCCGAUGUCACAGUCACCCAAACCUCCUCCUGCACCACCUGCACAGCACCAGUUUACUGCUCCACCUGUCAGCACGUCUGCCACUGCUGUGGUUAAAGCCCAGGUUCCCAUCCAGGGCCUGACAGCAGAGCAGCAGCACCACCUGCAAUUAGUAGGAGCGCAAAUUCAGACGCUGUCAGCCAUCACCCAGCCCUCGCCUCAGCAGAAACAGCUGCUGGAGAAGCUACACCAGGUCCAACAAAACAUCUUGCUGCAGGCCAAGCAGUCUGCUCAGCCCCAGCCUCAAGCCACUAGUCAGUUCAGCUCCCAGCAAGAUGUGCCUGUUGAUAAAAUGGUGCUUGCAUCACCAGCCAGCACCGGUACACCUGCUCAGCUUCCCCCAGUGCUGCAGCCCACUUCGGUGCUCGUCAAAAGUCCUGCUACAGCAUCAAGUGACUUACAGGUAUUCUCAGGAGCCCAAGGGCCAGCUGGAGCAAUGGUAAAUCAGACUGUCACUCCUGCCAGCCUUACCCAGCCUGCACAGGUUCAGCCAAAGCCAGGGGUGAUCAGCUCAGUUGGAGGGAUGACUCUGGGGAAAGGUGGGAUGCAGAUACAGGUGUUAGGAGCUAGUCUGACUCAGAUGCCUGCACCACAGCCCCCAGCUCCAGUACAAACUCAGACAACAAAAAUGAAGAUGCCUUUCAGUGCAGAGCCCAGCAAAGAAGCAAGGAUGCUAGAGCAGCUGAGGAAACAGCAGGGUUCAGUGCUUCACCCAAACUACAGUGCUCCUUUCCACUCUUUUGAGGACACGCUGCACAGACUGCUGCCUUACCAUCUCUACCAGGGAACUGCCAACUCCUCUCAAGACUAUCAAAGAGUGGAUGAUGAAUUUGAGAAGGUCUCCUGCCAUCUACUGAAAAGGACCCAGGCCAUGCUGGAUAAGUAUCGCUACCUGCUAUUUGCAGAGUCAAAACAGAGACUAGGCCCCUCGGCAGAGAUGGUGAUGAUUGACCGGAUGUUCAUUCAGGAGGAGAAGAUUGCAUUGAGUCAGGACAGGAUUUUGGCCAAGGAAAGACCAGAGGAGUUUGUGGCAAACGCGCGCAUGUUGGAGAGUGUAGUUUCAUCCCAACAGAAAUCAACUUCUGCUGAGCCCAUGUCAGUGAGUGGAGGUGUAGCUGCUGCCAUGUCUGCUCCAGCACCUGCAGCUCCAGCCCUAGCCCCUCUCCCAAAUAUUGCCCCAAACGCCCCUCCUGCACCCACUCCGGCUCCUGCUCCGGCUCCCGCUCCUGCUCCAGCUCCAGCUCCAAUUCCAGUUCCAGUUCCAGUUCCAGUUUCAGUUCCAGUUCCAGCUCCAGCGCCACCUCCACCUCCACCUGCCCCCUCUGCCAACCCUUUCCCUCCUACCAAACUAGUAAUAAAGCAGGGUGGAGGAGGAGCCUCUGUGUCCUGGACCAGCAGCUGUCCUCCACCUCCAGCUGCAGCGAGCAGGCUGGCUGAACCCAGCGGCCAGAGCUCCUCCUUCAGUCGUGCUCCAGCAGCAUCCUCCUCCUCCUCUUUAUCCCUCAACUCUCAAGCAGCCGAUGAUGACGACGCUCUCCCACAGAGAACCAGCAAACCGCCUAUCAAAACCUACGAGGCUCGCAGGAGAAUUGGCUUGAAGCUGAAGAUCAAGCAGGAUCAAACAGGGUUCAGUAAGGUGGUCCACAACACUGCCUUAGACCCAGUGCACACACCUCAACCUCAGCAGAGCAGCCAGUCCACAUCCCAGCCUCAGACUCAGUUCGAAGCUGCUGUACCGCAUCAAAAGGCCCACCCUUUAUCAACUCCUUCACCUACAGUAAUCAGAACUCAAUCUCCCGUAUGCACUGUUUCUUCUGCCUCAUCAGUCACCACAGCAACCACUCAGAGCAACCCGUCACUGAGAGGUAACGUUCCCCCCAAUGCAGCCCCGCCUUCCUCUACCUCUUCUUCUCAUACUUGGUCGUCGUCCACCUCUACUCAAAUGAACGGGACAUUGGAUCACCACGACAUGGGUGGGGUCAAACACAAUUCUGCUUCCACUGCCACCCCCUCACAGACAACGUGCCGUCUCCCCCUUCGGAAAACCUACCGGGAAAACGUUAGUCCCCGGGUCAGACCUGGUGUCCCCGGGGGAGGGGAUGAGAGUUUGUCCUACCCUAGACCUACGCCGUCACCCCCGAGGCACGAGGCCUCCUCUCCUCCCUCAGAGCGGACAGUUAUAGCCAGCGUGAAGGUGGAGAAACGAGGGAGGGAGGCCUCGCACACAGAGUCAAGCCACGAAAUGGGCCGUUUAGGGGGCGCAAUGCAGGGGCUGGACGGGAUGGACGAGGUGUUUAACCGUGGUAUCAAGACCACACAAGGGGCAAAGGAGAGAGGGGAGGAGCACACAGACCAAGAGACAGAUGUAGGUAAAUACAAGAGGGCAAGUGGGAAAAACAGACAUAGGGCUGGUGGGACAUUCAGAAUGGACCAGCAUGCCCCUGGGCCUCCCUCUCCAGAGUCAUCCUUUACACGAGACUCUUUGCUUCCUGCCAAACGCUGCAAGUCAGACUCCCCCGACAUGGAUAACGCCAGCUUCUCCAGCGGCAGCCCUCCAGAUGACUCUCUGAACGAGCACCUGCAGUGUGCCAUCGACAGCAUUCUAAACCUGCAGCAGGAGCCCUCUGCCCGUGGGCAACACAUUAAAGGGGGUAACAGCAGGUCCCACCAACACCAAAGCCAACGCCCAGGGGGCUCGGCAGCCUCAUCCCACAGACCCUCAGUCCCACCCUCCUCCUCUGCUUCCUCGUCCUCCUCCUUGGCCCAGCACCCUCAGGUCGGUGGCCGAGGCCACAAUGGCAGCCUGGUGCCCCAGACUCAAAGCAGAUAACAGCCCCUCAGCCCCAGGCUGGACUGACAGGGGGGAACUAAAAGACAGAUUUGGAGGCAGGGGAGGGGGGACACUGUGAAAACAGUAUCACUGUACUUCUCUGCCAAGCUGUGUUGGCGUUGUUUGUCUUUUUGAAUUGUCCAGACAUUUCUUAGUCAUUUACAGCCUGAGGUAGACCCACGGUGGAAUAAGUGAGAGAGUGGUCAAAGGUUAAACGGUCUUUGUGAAUUGCAGACUAGAAGAUACCUGGCAUUUUGUAUGUGUUCUCUCAUCCAAGCUGGAGUUAACAAGAUGAUAUUGUCACAGGAUGGUGUUUCUAUUUCUCUGUUUCUUUUUCCUUUUUCACUUUAGAUCUUUUCUUUUUCUCAUUCAGUAUUCAUACAUUCCUUUCAUUUGGCCUGAGCACCAGUCUCUAAUCCACAGCAGUUAAUCUCAUGAUUGAAAAGGUGUCUCAGAGAGCAUCAGGCAGCUCAUUUAAAACAGUUCAUAAGUCAACAACUUUAUUUCAAAUUGGCUACCUGCAGCUGAGAGACAGAAGGGAAUACAACCAGGUUCAUAUCACAGCAUGUCAUAAAUACAAAGUGUCUUACCAACUGACUGAGAUUCUGUCAUCACAAAGAUAAUGGUGCUCUACAGAUGCAGACAACACAUGCUAAAUUGUUUGAGUCCACCUCUUUUUCAAGAGUACAUUUCCUUCGACGUGACGGCUCUGGUAACAUCAAUUAGCUUCAACCUCCAUCAUGCCAGCAUUUCAUAUUGCAGGCGUUUUAGAGUAAAACAUGUUUAGAAAUCAGUUUUAAAAGUUGUGAAGUUGUUUUCCUUUAACUUCUCUUGGGUCUAUCAAGAUGUAAAUGAAAUGUUGAAAGGAAAUUUGGUUCUUUUCUGCUUCUGAUGUCAGAUGAUUUUCCAGGUCCUUGUUUUUAGGCCACACCUCCUCUCUCUCUCUCACACACACACACACACACACCUGCGCCCAUUAUGCUGAUGAUGCACGGUUAGGACUUUAUGCAUUUCAGUCAGCAGGGGGCAGGCCAGUUUUAACUGUGUU